CACGGUGAGAAACUGAAUAUCCUUAAAAACAUUGAAAUCGAAGCGCGCUUCACAGAACUCUGGCUUCAAUUCAAUCGGUGAGAGGAGAAAAGCCYGUUCACAAUUGUGAAGCGCAACAGAAAAUUGUACAAAAAAUUUGAUUAUUCCAUCUUAUUCGUUCAAGCCACCGAUCUCUUAUGUUGGAUUAUAUUCUUGACUCCUUGGACAAAAGCAGCUGCCACAUCGAGAUGAUCACGUGAGCUGUUCUAACUUUUAUUUUUCUCGCUAACUUUGGACAAGUCCGGCUGUUUUUUUAGAGCGUUACCACGAGAGCAACGAUUGGGGAAUCUAUACUCCGGUGUUACAUAUUCCGUGUACAGUACUGCUCUUAUAUAAUGAUACUAUMCAGCCAUGCUUUAGUAGUGGUCUGGGCAUCUGCUUUUAUGUAAAUUGUUUACUCGAAAACCGCUUUGACGACGGUCUUUGAUCUCUAGUGAUCUCUGGAAGCAAUUUGGUAAGAGGUUCGCGAUAAACAAGAAGUGAAAAUUGGAAGAGCGAAAUGGAGGCCGUUCUUGUAUCAGGCGCACAAGCCAUCCAAAAUGAAAAUUACGGCUUGGCCGAGGGAUUAGACGGUUCUUGGAGGUGUAGAAGACCGUCGGCCGCAGGAAGUUUUCCGGGAUUUUCUCCAUCAAAAAGGACAGCGGAAACAGAAGAGAAGCGACGCAACAGCAGUUCGAGAAGCAUAGAGCAUGGCUUGCGUAGCGCUCACCCGGCGGCUAUUUCUAUCCAUAGAGAAACCAAGCCGAAGAAGAAAGAAAAACGAGUAAAGAUCAACAUUAGUGGGAUGUCGUACGAGACUCUUGAAAGUACGUUGGCGCGCUUUCCAACCUCAUUACUAGGAAGUCCUGAGAAACGUGCUAAUUACUUUGACGCCAAGAAGAACGAAUAUUUUUUCGACCGUAAUCGAGUCGCUUUUGACUCAAUUUUGUAUUUUUACCAAUCAAAUGGCAACUUGUUAUGGCCUGUUGACCUUGACAAGAGGACUUUCCUUGGGGAAAUUGAAUUUUUCGAGUUGCAAGAUCUCAUUUCCCCUGAUUUUUUCAAAGAAUUCUGCUUGGUUUCAAUGGAAGAUCCGCCACCGAUGCCGAAAAACUUCCUUCUCAGAAAAGUUUGGGAGGUUUUUGAAUAUCCGCACUCAUCAAUCCCAGCAAAGGUACUAGCAAUUUGGUCUGUAGGGGUGAUUUUACUGUCUAUCGUGAUAUUCUGUAUUGAAACUUUGCCGGAGCUACGGAAAACUCGCUUCGAUAGCAACUCUCCACUCAACAAGAUUGAAAUCUUCUGUGUGAUUUGGUUUACUUUCGAACUUUUCGUACGUUUUAUUGCGGCGCCGAAAAAGCUGGACUUCAUACGCUCGUUUUUGAACGUCAUUGACUUUAUAGCAGUUCUUCCAUACUACAUAAUAUUGGGAAUUGGUAGCUCCGCGUUUGAAUCAAAAAAGAACAGUUCUCUAAUCUCCUUUCUUCGCAUACUACGGCUUAUUCGUGUUUUCCGUAUUUUUAAGCUCUCUCGUCACUACAGAGGGCUUAAAGUUCUCGGGAAAACWCUCAAAGCAAGCUUACGGGAACUGCUUCUUCUCACUUUCUUCUUGUUAAUGGGAGUUAUAAUAUUCUCAAGCGCUGUUUUCUAUGUUGAAAGCGCUCACUUCUCGAGCAUCCCAGAAGCCUUUUGGUUUUCGGUGGUUACGAUGACAACCGUUGGUUAUGGCGACAAGGCACCGGUGUCAUCGUGGGGGAAGUUGAUCGGYUCUUGCUGCGCCAUYGCAGGUGUCUUAACCCUAGCUCUACCAGUUCCAGUCAUAGUCUCAAACUUUAGCUAUUUUUAUAAUCAAGAUAGAGAAAGGAGAGAAUUUGAGAACGAUAAAAGGCCUGAAGAGAUUUCAGGAGGAGAGAGCACUUCUAAAAUAAGCAAAAUUUGACUUCACUACCGAGGUUUUUCUUCAUAUUUUUUAAUUGGAUUAAAAAGAUUUGAGAAYAACACUCCAUUGUCUUUUGAAUUGAAUGGAAACGUUCAAAAAAGGAACAUAGAGCUCUAUUAUGAGUCAAACUUCAAUGAUUCUAAGAAUAUAAUGAAUAGUGCGCGUGAAGAAGCUGCCAAAUGGAACAWAACAUCCCAUUACAGAAAUUGUUAACUUUUCAGUUCCUGAAUUGUACCUCAGCAAAUCUUAAAACAGUCGAGGAAAAUUGAACUAUAAGUGUCUCUUUACGACGAUAUGAGACAAAUCUUUUGAUAUGACAAUUCCUGGAUCAGUAUAAGUAGUUUUCCAAUCUUUUAGAUAUCCGACUCAGAGAAGAUGUACAGCUAUCACUAAACGCUUGAAACCAUCUUAAACCACCAACUAUAUUGAAAAUGGAUGGGAGAAAAGCGUCAUAUCUAUCUUUGCGAUUCUGAACAAUCGCUCUUAACAGCUUAAUUGGUAAUGUAAAAGACUAUUUUCUGGGAAGAAUGUUUUUUUGAAUUGAAUACAAGCGAAAGAACAAUCGCUUACAAAGAUGAUUCUUGUGCACCUGCUCUCUAACCAGGAGACCGUAAUUAAUUCUUCGUAUGUCAGCGAAUAAUCAACACAGGCAGCUCGGAAACAUUGAAAUAACUAUCUCUACCGCAAUUCAUACAGGAAAAUCUAUUUGCAUACUGUUAAUACUAGCCAUCUUGUCAAGGCAAAUAGACGCCAUUGCAUUGUUAAACGUUUUAUUCCUAACGUGGAUUUUUGGCUUGUUAUUAAGGAUACAUUUUCAUAUUUUCAAAAAUUGAUAAUGGAUUUUCAGUAUAGGUAUCAUUUUUUUUUCAGUGGAAUAUGAAUAUGUCAGGUGGGAAUUGACAUAACGUUUUUAUAUAUAAGAGUACAAUGUACAUCAASAAAAUCUUUUGAUUCCGAGUGUGUUUUCUCGUCGGGUUUAAUCUUUCUAAAUAUAAAUACGACGUGUUUCUAUCUUUCAAGGGGGGAAAAUAGACAAAUACAUAAUUGAAAAGAUUAAAGAUGUUAAUCUUCAA